AUGGAUUUCGUUCCGAUGUCCGGGAUAUCGAAAUUCAGGGCUUAUUCGGGAUGUACUGCUGAAUACUUUCUUGGAAAUGCCAAGUGGCACGAAGUGUGUUAUAGGUCUCAAUGCAAUCAAAUGAAAAUUUAUGCCGAAGCAACACUUCUUACUCCUCCUCCUCCUCUUCUUCUUCUUCUUAUUGUUCUUUUUCUUCGUCUCCUCUUUGUUCUUAUUAUUCUUGGGCAGUGGACAAAUGUCUUACACAAAAAGGCUGGUAUUCUGACACUUAAGCUUGAAUGGAAGGAAGCCUUGGCUCAGCAGUCGAGGGCAGCCUUCGAAGAGAAUCAUGAAGAAGCAGGACCUAGGUUUUUUGUCGCACCAAGAAGGAAACACCCGACUGGGACUGCUGUCAAUGUCUUCACUAGUUCACUCUCUGCGCCAACAGCAUUUCCCAGAGCGAAAUUUGCGAAAUAUGACAUUAAUGUGAAACCUCCAUCACCACAGCCACAGUUCCCGCCAUCUCGAAUAAUGAGUCAGCGAACACAACGACAGCGAACACAAUCUCGACACACGAGACUCACUGAAUCAUAUCGGAAAUUUGUUGCUCCUGAAAAUUUCUACACUAGUACACUCAUCUGCUUCAUCCAAUAA